AUGACUCAAUCAGCAGGAACCGAGAGACGAGUAAACUUCCCAUCCGAGGAACCAUUAACUCUCGGUGAAAAACUCAGUCAUCGGAUGGAACAGUUCAAAGAAAUGGUUUCCAGCGGUUGUUGUUCAUGUGCUAGCAAGUGUCCUUCAAUAGCAAUUGUUUUGGUCACAGCAUUCGUUCUUCUCCUAGUUCUUGCAGCAAUCCCACUAACACUAAUGCUUACUUCCUCUACUCAGAAGCUAUCUUCAGAUCUCGCAAUUCUCGAUAAGCAAACGAGAAAUCCAAAGUUUUGGCCAAAAAUCGAUAAAAUUGGAUCACCUCUUGAUGGGGAUUCUGAUGACGAUUAUCGUGGAAUCUCGAUGAUGGCACUUUUCCCACCAAAUGUUUCAAUGUGCUCUGGUUUUGGAUUCGCAUGUACUGAUGCGGUUCAUCGAGUUAUCCCAACGUCUCAAAGAUGUGAUGGAAAGUACGAUUGCAACGAUAAAUCUGACGAGGAAAACUGCAAAUCGUGCCAGACGAUCUUCUCAUGCUCGUCAAAGAUCAUUCCGCCGCCAGCAAAAAAGGGACAAUUUCAGCCAAAACCUUCGUUGAUCUGCUUGACGGCUUCGCAGCUUUGCGAUGGUGUUGAACAUUGUCCGGAUGGAUCUGACGAGACUAAAUUCUGCAAAUCAACGUGCGAUAAGAAUGAGUUCACAUGCCCAGGAAAGAACAUCUGUCUGCCGGAAUCGGCCCAAUGCAAUGGAAUUAACGAUUGCGAGGAUGGAAGCGAUGAGAAGAACUGUAACGAAUGUGGAAAAGAUUCUCACAAAUGCGGAAAAAUUUGCGUGAAACCAAGCGAGAUUUGUGAUGGAGUCGCACAGUGCAAAGACGGCAGCGACGAGAAGAAGUGUGAUUGUAAGACGUGCUCGGGCUCGGAUAAGGCUCUUUGCGACGAUGGUACCUGUAUUCUUCGCUCGCAAGUUUGUGAUGGAAAACGCGAUUGUAAGAAUGGAAUGGAUGAACAGGAUUGCCCGGGAUCCUGUGCAACCAAGGCUAUUCUCGGAAAGCGUAUUACCUGUGCCGACGGACGCAAAUACACCGAGGAAGAGGCCUGCUCCGGAGAGUUCGAAGUCUGUAAUUCAAGUUGUCCGAAAUGCGACAAGCGAACCGCUUUCGAAUGCCCCAAUGCUUCAGGAGGAGCGAAAAAGUGUAUUCCACGCAAAAUGGUCUGCGACGGAUUCUCUGAUUGCGCUGACGGUGCUGAUGAGCAGAAUUGCGACUGUGACUUGAGCAGUGGAAAUCAGUUCAAGUGUCUGAACUCGAGAACAUGCAUUGAUAGCUCUCGUAGAUGCGAUGGAAUUCAAGAUUGCCAUGAUUCGUCUGACGAAAAGGAAUGCGAUAAGUGUUUAUCUGGAGCUCUUCAAUGCAAAAUCGACAAGACUUGCCUUCCACAGUCUGCCAGAUGCGAUGGAGUAACUGAUUGCUCAGACGGAAGCGAUGAGAAGGCGUGCUCGUGCGACGAAUGCGUCGGAAAACACUCGACGACGUACAUGUGUGACGGAUCAUCUCGCUGCCUUCGCCGUGAUGAUGUCUGCUCCCCAUAUUCAACAUGUCCGAAUGCAACAAGAACGGACAGAGCUUAUUGUGCUUCAAUGGCACUCAAAGAUCUUAACAAUUUGCCUUGGUAA